AUGUCAGGCGCACCUCCAAAGCGUAAGUUCGUGCCGAGAGAUAAGGGUAAACACGCGCAGGCGAGACGUCCGAGCGUGAAGAAUCAGAUUCGCUCGAUAACGCGCUUGCUCGCUCGACCGAAUGUUCCGCAAAAGCUUCGAGAGGAGAAGCAGCGCGAGUUAGAGAAGCUCGAACGACAAGGGCGGGAUAAUAAAAGGGUGGAGCGAGAGAAGAAACUGUCGACGCGGUAUCACAAGGUGAAGUUUUUCGAGCGGGUGAAGCUCACGAGGAGGAUCGCGCAGCUCGAGCGGGAGAAGGAGGGCGGAGCGGGCGGGGACGACGCGGAGGCAGAGUUGUCGAGGUUGCGAGAGGAUCUGGAGUACGUGACGCAUUUCCCGAGAGGAGAAAAAUACGUGAGCGUGUUGGUGAGCGACGGUGAUACGGAACACGCGACGAAGGAGCGAGAGCGCCUGAGAAGGCUUGUCAAGGCGAACCUGGCGGCGGAGGCGGCGCUCGCCGAUGAGAACGAGGGUGGCGCGGAUAUGGCGGCGAACGCGGGCGCCGGGGAGGAGGAAAAUGAUGACUUCUUCAUGAAUGAUUCCGGUGAUGACGAUGAGGACGGCGGUGGCGCCGAGGACGACAGCGAUAGCGAUAGCGAUUCCUCAACCUCGUCUUCGUCGUCUUCUGGGCACGGGAAGAAACUGAAACCAGAGCUCAAGAUGGCGACGGAUCCAAUCUACAUAAAAAAUCCUGCGCAAAAACUCCUCGAACGUAGCGAGCGCAAGCAAAACGACGUUAAGGUGGACAAGGAUGGGAACAAGUUGCCUCAGCGCACGCGAGCAGAGGGAGGACGUAAACGUAGGAAGAAGUAA